GAUGUGAAUGUGAAAGAUCCAAUAUAAAACUGAGGCUAUCAUAAACAUGCUACACUCAAAUAUCUGAAGCUGAGAAAGUGGUCGAAAGGUAUCCCUGGAUAAACGUUUGCGAAAAGAUUUUUCCUGAUAUUAGUGGUGAACUUUCGAACCACACAUUCCAACGCUCUCACUGCCGUGCUGUUCAGCUGGAUCAUAAAAGCCAAAUAUACAAGACAACUUUCUUUAUGGUUUUUAUCUGAUCAUGGCUGAUAAACCACGAGUUAUUAUCCUUGGAGGUCUUGGUUUCGUUGGGCGCAAUCUAGUCAACUACCUAGUGGAUAAUGAGCUGUGCUCUAAGAUUAGAGCUGUCGACAAGGUUCCUCCUGCAACAGGCUGGUUGAAUGAAAAACACAAGGCAGCCUUCAAUCACAGCUGUGUAGAGUUCAAAAGUGCAAAUCUUUCAAAUCCAGCAAGUAUAGAGAAAGCUUUCCAGGACAAGGAUGGAUUUGAUUUCUGCAUCAAUUUGGCAGGAGAAACUAAACAUGGACAAUCUAAAGAGGUCUAUGAAGAUGGGGUAUUCAAACUGAGCAUCAAUUGUGCCAAAGAGGCAGUAAAGCACAACAUCAAGAGAUUUUUAGAAUUAUCAACAGGACAUGUGUACUCAUCUGAUAAGAAAGAAAAGGAGGAAGAUGGAAAGCUGCAGCCAUGGACAGAAUUUGCAAAGUGUAAACUUAGAGUUGAGAAUGAACUGGCCAAUAUUGAAGGGCUAAACUACAUCAUUGUCAGACCUGCAAUAACAUAUGGAAUAGGUGCAAGACAAGGCUUAACUCCACGACUCAUAAUUGGAGCUGUAUACAAACAACUUGGUGAAAAAAUGAAGUUGCUUUGGACAAAAGACUUAAAGAUGAACACAGUUCAUGUACUGGAUGUUUGUAGGGCAUUAUGGCAUCUCACAUCUAAUGGAGACUCAGGGGAAGUUUACAACCUCUGUGACAAAGCUGACUCUUCACAAGGAAGUAUAACAUCUCUGGUGUGUGAAAUAUUUGGAAUUGAGCACACAUAUUUUGGAACAGUUCUAUCAAACCUUGCUCGGGUAAACAUGGAAAGUACAGUAGAAGAAUCUAAUGAUAAACAUCUUGAACCGUGGUCUCAGGCUUGUGAGAAUGAUGGCAUACAUGCAACUCCAUUGAGCCCUUAYCUUGACCAGGAACUUUUGUAUGACAAACAUCUAUACAUUGAUGGAACAAAAAUACAAAAGACUGGGUUCAACUAUGAACACCUGGAACCAACAGUUGAUGCACUYAGAGAGGUUGUGCAGGAUUAUGUUAAGGAAGGACUSUUCCCACCAUCACUGUUUAAWCAAAGUUAAUGUCCAAUAAGAUUUGAUGAAAAUGUACAAUGGUGGGUAGUCAGUGCUGUAUCUGGAUUGAAAGUAUCUCAAUUCAUAUUCCAAUAUAGUUAUACAGGGGUAAAUGGAAACUGUGAAUUGAAAUUGAAAUGGAAUUUAAUAUUGUUUYAUUUUUUGAUUGUAUGUCAAAUAUAAGAAAUGAACAUGCAUAGAGAAAAAUGUGCUCAAUUCCAGUCUCACUGUCUCCUCUCCCUCACUUWUGGUGCCGCUGUUGUUACAGCAKUGUUUCAAUGAACCUGCAACAAUGUGUGKUAGAUAUAAGUGAUUCUAAAAAGRAWGUUGCUUAAUUUAAUUACAAUUCAUAAAUUUAUCAGUAAAAUMCAAACAAAACAAUUAUUCUAAGAUGAUAACAAUUAUCUGAUUGGUUGCUAAGGAACUAUAGGAACUGGUAAAAAACCAACAAUGAGUGCCUAGGUAUUUAGGUGAUUCUUACAAGGAAUCUAAUUGGUUGUUAUAGAUAAGGAGCUAACCUUUAAAAUGAAAAUUCUAACAAGCAAUUUGAUUGGCUUUUGAAUAUAAUGCCCAAAACCCUUGUCCAGAUGUAACAUAAAUAUUUCAUCACCAAUGAGACAUAAGGAAGAAGAGAAUUUUCAAUUUGUAUUUGAGUCUUUUUUUUAAAUAAAAAAAUAACUAGUGAAA